UCGUUUCCGAGAAGCGGCGGCCGCUGCCGGGCAGUGGGAUCGGGGCCGGAGCGGGAUCGGGGCCGGAGCGGGAUCGGGGCCGCGAUGGGGGCGGUGGGCGCGGGUCGCCGCCUCCUCCUCUCGCUGAGCCCCGAGCGCCGGCGCUGCGCCGCGGUGAUGGGUCUGAUGGCGGCCUCGGCGCUGAGCGAGAUGGCCGUCCCCUACUACACGGGGCGCGCCAGCGACUGGGUGGCCCGUGAGGACGAGCUGGCAGCCAUCCUGCCCAUGGUGCUGCUGGGCCUCGGCAGCGCUGUCACCGAGCUGGUGUGCGACGUGAUCUUCGUGGGGACCCUGAGCCGCACGCAGGGCCGCCUGCAGCGCCGCGUCUUCGCCGCCGUCCUGCGGCAGGACAUCGCCGAGCUGCGCGCCGACGGGGCCGGGGACGUGGCCACGCGGGUGACCCGGGACGCGGAGGACGUGCGCGAGGCGCUGGGCGAGGCGCUGAGCCUGCUGCUGUGGUACCUGGCGCGCGGCGCCUGCCUCUUUGCCACCAUGGCCUGGCUGUCCCCGCGCAUGGCACUGCUCACCGCGCUGGCGCUGCCGCUCCUGCUGGCGCUGCCCCGGGCCGUGGGGCGCUUCCGGCAGGCCCUGGCACCGCAGGUGCAGAAGGCGCAGGCCCAGGCCAGCGAGGUGGCGGUGGAGACCUUCCAGGCCAUGGCCACCGUGCGCAGCUUCGCCAACGAGGACGGGGCGGCCGCGCGCUACCGCCAGCGCCUGCAGCACAGCCACCGCCUGGAGAAGAAGGACGCGGCCCUCUACACCGUCUCUGUCUGGACCAGCGGCUUCUCAGCGCUGGCCCUGAAGAUGGGGAUCCUCUACUACGGGGGGCAGCUGGUGGCCGCGGGGACCGUCAGCACCGGGGACCUCGUCACCUUCCUCCUCUACCAGAUGCAGUUCACUGAUGUCGUGGAGGUCCUGCUCCGCUACUACCCCACACUGACGAAGGCCGUGGGCUCUUCGGAGAAGAUCUUUGAGUUCCUGGACCGGGAGCCUGAGGUCGCACCCUCGGGGACAAUGGCACCCGGUGAUCUGCAGGGCCACCUCCAGCUCGAGGACAUCUGGUUCUCCUACCCCGGGCGCCAGGAGCCCGUCCUCAAGGGCGUAUCGCUGGAGCUGCGCCCCGGGGAGGUGCUGGCGCUGCUGGGACCCCCGGGCGCAGGGAAGAGCACGCUGGUGGCCCUCGUGUCGCGCCUGCGCCAGCCCACGGCCGGGCGCCUGCUGCUGGACGGCCACCCCCUCCCCGCCUACCAGCACUCCUACCUGUGCCGCAAGGUGGCCGUCGUCCCCCAGGAGCCGCUGCUCUUUGCCCGCUCCCUCCACGCCAACAUCGCCUACGGGCCGGGGCGCUGGAGCCGGGCGCAGGUGACAGCGGCCGCCCGCCGGGUGGGCGCCCACAACUUCAUCACCCGCCUGCCCCAAGGCUACGACACAGAGGUGGGCGAGCUGGGGGGUCAGCUCUCCGGGGGACAGCGGCAGGCGGUGGCCAUCGCCCGCGCGCUGGUUCGGGACCCCCGCGUCCUCAUCCUCGACGAGCACACCAGCGCCCUGGACACCGAGAGCCAGCAGCAGGUGGAGCAGGAGAUCCUGGCGGCCGAGGGCACGGGGCGCGCGGUGCUGCUGGUGACGGGGCGGGCGGCCCUGGCGGCGCGGGCACAGCGGGUGGCGGUGCUGGAGGGGGGAGAGGUGCGCGAGCAGGGACCCCCCCACGAGGUGCUGCACCCAGGCAGCCGCGCAUGGCAGCUGCUGCAGGAUCGGGGACAACAGGGAGCAGCGGGGGACAGAGGGAGCGGGGAGGAGGGACAGCAGGAUUAGGGACAGCAGGAUUAAGGAUGGGGACAGCAGGAGCCAGGGUGGAAACACCGGGGAGAGGGCACUGGGAGGUGGGGAUGGGGACACUACACAUUGGGAUGGAGAGAAGUUGGGGCUGAGAAUGGGGACACUAAGGGGGGAGGUGGGGACACCAGGGGCAGCAACAAGGGACCACAAGAGCUGUGACAUGGGAACGCGGGCACGGAGCUGGGCGCACUGCGGUGCCACCACUGCAUGACAGCAGCCACAGCACAAACUGCGGUGACACCCAGUGCCACCAGGGCUGGUGGUGGGACACGGAACUGGGAAUAAAUCUGCAUGUUUGUACCCGGGUGGUGCUGGGAUCUCAGCGCGGGGAGUCCUGGUGCCAUAAGAAAUACAGGGACAGUGAGGGACCCCAGAACUCCCAGCAGGAAGAGCAGAGCCCCCAGCAACACCAAACCGAGGGGAAAUAAACCAAGAGAGAGUUGGA